AUGUCAAAACCGGCCGAGAAACCACUUGCAGAUGACACCAAGGAAAUCACAAGCCUCGAGAGCCAACCAGUGGAGGAGGUGUACGAGCACGAUGAGAGGGAGAGAAGACUUGAAGAAGGUACCAACUUCUUGGAUCGCAUAGGUCUCAAGUUUAAAGCAGAGAUCAGAGGUGUGGAAAGAGUCCCUGAAGACAAAAGAGUUGAUAGAAACUGGACCUCUCCACUCACUAUGUUCCUUUCUCCCAACAUGUCGAUUGCCGCUCUUAGUACGGGCAUGUUGGGGCCAACGUUUUACAAUCUUGACUUCAGAACGUGUGUCUUGGUGAUUGUGUUCUGGUCCAUUAUUGGCUCGAUGCCUGUGGGCUUCUAUGCUACUUUUGGUGCCAAGUUUGGUCUCAGACAGCAGAUCUUAUCGAGAUACUUCACAGGUAAUAUCAUGGGAAGGAUAUUUGCCCUCUUUAAUGUGAUCUCUUGCUGCGGUUGGAACGCUGUGAACAUCCUUCCCUCCGUUCAGAUGCUUGCAUCCAUAGGACCACUUCCACCAUGGGCAGGAUGCUUAAUCUUCGUGAUCCUCACUUGUAUUGUUGCAUUACUCGGCUACAAGGCCAUUCAUCUCUACGAACGUUAUUCGUGGAUUCCAAACUUCAUCAUCUACUUAGUCAUAAUUGCCAGAUUGACCAUGUCGAAGAACUUCACCUGGGGCACCAUGGAAAGCGGAACACAGCAAGCGGGCAAUGUGCUUAGUUUCAUCAGUGCAGUGUUUGGCUUUACUGCUGGAUGGUCGCCUUCUUCAGCGGACUACUUUGUUUACAUGCCCUCAGACACCCCAUCGUGGAAAAUCUUUGCGUGUAUGGUGGUUGGCUUGAGUACGCCAUGUAUCUUUACCCUUACGCUUGGCGCUGCUUGUGCCAUGGGGACAUUGACGGACCCUACAUGGAAAGCUGCCUUUGACGAUGGGUCUGUGGGUGGGUUGGUCAACAUGAUCUUGAAUGUGAACAAUCUCCACGGCUUUGGCCGUUUUUGCAUGGUGGUGCUUGGUCUUUCUUCAAUUGCCAACAAUUUGCCAGGUUCUUAUUCGCUUGCUUUGGCUGUUCAGGCUAUCUGGCUGCCGCUUGCGAGAUUCCCCAGGUUGGGCUGGUGCUUGAUUGGCAAUUUUGUGUCACUUGGUCUUGCAAUCCCAGCAUAUUACGUGUUUUCCGAGACCAUGAGUAAUUUCUUGAGUAUCAUUGGAUACAAUGUUGCUAUCUACCUCGGCAUUUCGCUUACCGAGCACUACAUCUACAGAAAAGGCUUCAAGGGCUAUGAUGUGAGCAACUACAACGAUCGCAGGAGCAUUCCUGUCGGAUACGCUGGUGUGACAGGUUUCCUAUUUGGGGUGGCAUCCACAGUUUUGCUGAUGAACCAAACAUGGUACCAGCUGGUGAUUGCCCGGACUUUUGGACCUGCGGGUGGUGACAUUCUGUUUGAGCUUAAUAUCGUGUUUGCCUUUGUCGGCUACAAUUUGAUACGUCCAUUUGAGAAGAAAUAUUUCGGACGUUGA